GCCCUGCCGUGGCUGGCCGGUUCGCCUGCCUUCUCGGCCUCGGAUUGGCCCGCGGUAGCACCCGUCGGCCGCGGUUGUGUCUGGGAAGGAGAGAAAAUGGCGGCGGAGCCGAGCAAGACCGAGAUCCAGACUCUUUUUAAGCGGCUUCGCUCAAUUCCAACCAACAAGGCUUGUUUCGACUGUGGCGCCAAGAGUCCGAGUUGGGCCAGCAUCACGUAUGGUGUGUUUUUGUGCAUUGACUGCUCCGGAGUGCAUCGCUCCUUGGGCGUCCACCUCAGCUUUAUCAGGUCCACAGAGUUGGAUUCGAACUGGAACUGGUUGCAACUGAGGUGUAUGCAAGUUGGCGGGAAUGCCAAUGCGACUGCCUUUUUCCGUCAACAUGGAUGUGUGGCCAAUGAUGCCAACACCAAAUAUAAUAGUCGAGCUGCCCAGAUGUACCGAGAGAAGAUCCGGCAGCUGGCGAGUGCAGCCCUGGCUAGGCAUGGCACGGAUCUUUGGAUAGACAACAUGAACACUGCUCCCAGUCACUCACCAGAGAAAAAGGAGUCUGAUUUCUUCACAGAACACACUCAGCCCCCUGCCUGGGACACAACAGUCACUGAGCCUUCAGGGACCCAGCAGCCAGCCCCACAUGCAGAGAGCAGUAGCCUGACACAGCCUGAGCAUGGACCCAACACCGACCUGCUUGGCACCUCACCCAAAGCCUCUCUGGAACUGAAAAGCUCUAUAAUUGGCAAGAAGAAGACAGCAGCAGCUAAGAAAGGGCUGGGUGCCAAGAAAGGCCUAGGGGCCCAGAAGGUGAGCAAUCAGAGCUUCAGCGAGAUUGAGCGGCAGGCCCAGGUGGCAGAGAAGCUCCGAGAGCAGCAGGCAGCUGAUGCCAAGAAGCAGGCGGAAGAGUCUGUGGUUGCCUCUAUGCGUCUGGCCUACCAGGAGCUCCAGAUUGAUCGUAAAAAGGAGGAGAAAAAGCUACAGAACCUUGAAGGGAACAAGCGAGAGCAGGCUGAGAGGUUGGGCAUGGGCUUGGUUGCCCGAAGCUCCAUCUCCCACUCUGUAUUGUCUGAGAUGCAAGUGAUCGAGCAGGAAACGCCAGUUAGUGCAAAAUCUUCCCGGUCGCAGCUGGACUUGUUUGAUGAUGUUGGAACUUUCGCCUCUGGACCUCCAAAGUACAAGGAUAACCCCUUUUCCUUGGGAGAAACUUUCGGUUCCCGCUGGGAUACUGAUGCAUCCUGGAGUAUGGACAGGGUGGAGGAGAAGGAGCCAGAAGUGACCAUUUCAAGCAUCCGGCCUGUUUCAGAAAGAGCUACAACCCGGAGGGAAGUGGAGAGUCGGAGCUCAGGUCUUGAAUCCAGUGAAGCACGUCAGAAGUUUGCAGGAGCCAAAGCCAUUUCAUCUGACAUGUUCUUUGGGCGAGAGGUGGAUACUGAGUAUGAAGCCAGGUCUCGGCUACAGCAGCUCUCAGGCAGCAGUGCCAUCAGCUCUUCAGACCUCUUUGGGGACAUGGAUGGAGCUCAUGGAGGAGGAAGUGUAUCUCUGGGGAAUGUGCUUCCUACAGCCGACAUUGCCCAGUUUAAGCAGGGUGUCAAGUCUGUGGCGGGCAAGAUGGCUGUGCUGGCCAAUGGUGUGAUGAAUUCUUUGCAGGAUCGCUAUGGUUCAUACUGAUCCAGGCUCCGUGGCUCAGGCUUGUGGUGGUGACAGCAAGAACCCCAUGAUUCCCAGGCUAAGGACGCUUGCCUUGUGGAACUGGGGAUUUGUUAACUUUCUGUGUGUGGUGUGUGAGUGGGGUGGCCUUGGAGGAUCUUGAGUGAGAGGAAUGGUCAACAUCAGCACUUGUCCUCCACUUGUGGAUUGAGCCUCUUUCCUCAUCCCUCCCACACCCUCCCCUCUGUGCUAAUGUUCUCUCCAGUCUUGCCCCAAAGCUGCUGCUCACUUGGCCUGCUGCACUGCAAGUGAGGGGAGGAGUUCUCUUAGGAUGCUUAUUCAGGGUUCAGCUCUUCCUCAAGUAGGGAAGACGGGCUUUUGCAGGCUCUAGGAUCCUUCUAGGUGGUCUGGGGGCUUGGGCCUCCACCCUCUGGAGACAGGGGAGGCCAAUUAAGCGUUGAGCUGUAGAUCAGCCCUCAGGGAGAGGUUCUAGACUUGCCACUGCUCUUGUUGCUGCCAGUGGCCUCUUCUUAGUGCCAGGAGAAGAUGGGGGAGGAGAAGGACCUUGGUGCCUUAAUAAGGGCUAGAACCUUUACCUGGCACCUUUGGGAUCAGCAUGGAGGCCUUAGUGAUCUUCCCAUGUCACCACCAUCACUUGGAAGCUGACUUCUGCUAGGUGUCUCAGAGGCCUUCCCUGCUGGUACUGUUGGCCAUGGUACCUUCUGUCCUUGCCUGAGAAUCUCUGCCUGCUUGGGGUCUCAUGUGCUCUGUGUCCUAAUGGGAUGCUGUGAACCUGCUAUUGACUGUGGAAGCUGAGGCCAUGAGAGACAAAAGCAGGCCCCUGGGGCUCAGCUUUCAUCCUCUGCAUCAUCCUGGGUUUAGGGGGCCUGGACAGCACCCCAUCAGAGAGCUUGAGGAACCUGCACCUGCAGGUCCUACCCUCUGGCAGCUGGGCCACACACUGUGUCAUCCUUGGUGCCAUCUUCCCCUGCCAUGCUGGCAGUCUGGGCCCAACCCUACCUGUGGAUUGCAGGUUGGGCUCCCAAGCAACACAGACCACUCUUCCCUCAUCCCUCCCCCAGAGGGACAUGACUUUCUUUCAGGACUGUUUGUAUUGGAACAAAGUGGUGUCAAAAUAAAGCCCCCACGGGGCCCUAUGGAUCA